CUGUAUUUUUAAAGGAAUUUGCUGAAAUCCAAGGAGCCAUUCAUGGGAAAAAUACACAUAAAUAAUUUUGCAUGUCAUCUCAGACUCUGUGGACUUGCUUCAGAAUAUUUAGUAGAUUGGAUUACUUUUCAAAGUUCUAUACACACUACAUUAGUUGAAGCCUUAUGUUUUAAAAUUUUAUUAUAUAUCAAAUUUCUUUUCACUGGUAUUUGUUAUAAUGGGAUAUAUUUUUGUAUUCCUCCUUACAGAUUUAAUCUUUAAAACAUUUUUCUUUUCCUAAAUCAACAUCAAGGAGUGAAGCUACUGGUUUGAUUUUUUUUUUCUUUCUAUUUGACGUCUGAUAUUUAUUAAACAUUUGUUACCUUUGGGAUAAUUUAAGAUUGAUUAAGUACUCAACAGUUGAAAAUACUGUCAAAUCUAUCACAUAAUUCUCCCUUAAUACAUAGAGUAACUUCAUGAUGUAAGAAGUAGUAUUCCCAUCUUACAAAUGAGGAAACUGGAGCCUGAGGUUAAGCAACCUGCCCAAGAUAACAGUAAUAGCUAAUAGGUCAAGAUUGGAACCCAGUUUUGCCUUCUUCCACUGUUCAUGGUCUUUUCAGAAAAACACAUAUCUGCCUUGAUCAUAGCACAGUUUACCUUUAGUCUAAAGAACCAAAGAAAAAUAUACACUCAGAAAUAUAACCUUAAAGGAAAUUAAAAAGAAAAAGAAACUAUACCUAGUAUCCUAGCAUCCUGCUACCUUGACAAAUCAAAUAGGACUUUUACUACGUCUCUUCACUAUUAAAUAGAUACCCUGGCAGGAUGAGGAGAGAAAAGCUGCUGUGAGAGAAGAAACAAAAUUAUUAGGGAGGUAGCUAAAGGCAGAAUAAGUCUUAUCUGUUGGAGUGCAGGACUCAAACCCUUAAACAUCUAUUUGUUAUAGAUUAAUCCUGAAGUAAAAUCCCACUGCAAAAGGUGGUGGGCACUGUGUGAGCUCUUUUUUUUUUUUUUAUUUGGCCAGAAAGAGACCUGUGAUCUGUGACAUACAUCCCAUCCUGUUUGUGUUCAGUGCUGGGGGUUGUGGGACAGAGCUCAAGAAUGCUUGGAAAGAAUGAACCUGAAUUAUUAGCAAAGGGACUGAAAAAGAACGCAGGAAGGAAAACUAAAGAAAGGAAGAAAGAAAAUGGAGGGCCAUGUUGAUCCCUUAGAGCCACUCCUGAAAGGAGAAAAAGGGAGAAGAGGAGCUAAGUUAUCUUGGAGGCCAAGUUGUGUGUCAUUGGUUGCCUGAACUAAUACUGAUGCAUUUUUGCUUUAUUUACAAAUCAUAAAAAAAUUUACCAGUAUAACUGCAAUUGUGUAUUGCUGUCAUUUAUAUAAUUACUAUAGGCCCGGUGUACAAAUUCUUGCACAGGUGGGGUCCCUUGGGGUGGCCUGCAGAGUUCGGGCCCCAGCUCACGCCUCUAGCCUCAUGGCGCUGCCCCCUCGCUCCACCAUCCUGCCUGCCCAGUGAUCAAUCAGGGCCAGGCCCCCACCUGGCUCCUUCAGGGCCCGGGAGUCAGGCGGUGGCCCUGCCCUUCACCGCCACUGCUGGUCGCCGUCUGUGGGGUGACUGGCAAGGCAGUCGGGCCUCCGCUCACACCUGCCUUGGCCUGGUGCCACCCGCUCACGUGCUCCACCAUCCUGCCUCAGUCCUGUUCUCAUCGGGGCCCAUUGGGGCUGGCAGCACCUCCACUGCCACCCGCUGCCAUGGCGUGUAUCAUAGCGAGUGGUCAAACUCCUGGUUGAACUACUUGCCUGAGAGGACAAUUUGCAUAUUAGACUUUUAUUAUAUAGGAUUACCAGUAAUUUGACCUUAGGUUAGAAAGUCACUGUUUAGUGAUUUAAGGAUUCAGAAGAGUAGAAAUUCCCAUUCUAUAAAUUACUAGGGAAAAUCAUUAGACAUGAAAUUUUUACUUUGAGGCUACAUCUGAACCUUGUGCUCCAAAGGCAGAUUUAAGAGGGCAGAAUAUAAUGCAAGUAUGUCUUCUUUCUGAGGCUGAUUUAAGUUAUGUAUUACUAAGGUUUCUUAGGGACAGGGACCUAGCAUAGAGUGAAUUAAGUACUGGAAAUCACACCUUAAUAAUAUGAUGCUUGUCUUUUUGUGUUCUGUUGCUUCAAGCAAAUUGUGUGGGCUGUUAUCUCCUGAGAAAUCCCUGUAAAAUGUAUUAGUAAUACUUUAUAAGUAGGUUAGGAGAAAUAAUUUACUUUUCUAAAGUAUUUUGAAAUUCUUAGAUGAAAGGCUCUGUAUGAAGAAUUUGGUGUCAGCUAUUUUUUCUGAGUUCAGAGAAAAUAGGCACCUUAGAGUGGGAAGGUUGCUUAUCUUUAGCACUUCUUUAUAAGUUACUUUUAUUGACUUGCAAGUGAAUAUCAGAAGCUCCCAAGAGUAUGGUUAGCUGUAAGAGCAAACAUUUUUGGGUUUGGGACUUGCAAUUAGCUAUGUGUUUUCAUCUAAGAUUUAAAACAGGUUUAAAUAUUAGUUUGUAAUUGGCUGACUUGGAGGCAAAAUAUGGCCCUUUGUUGAUCAUGGGUCCCAACUUUUUCUCUUGCUCUUUCUUUAUUUCAGAGACGGGGAUAAGCCUGACUUUCUGAAAAGCAUCAACUUUCAUUUCCUAUUUGAAAUUAAAUCUCUUGCUGCUAACUAACUUGUAAUAGGUCUUGGAAGAAAGUGUUUCAUCUAUACAUUAAAAUCUACAUACUCAAAUGCAUCCAUGUGAAAACAGCUUUGCUUGGAAGACUUAACACAUUCUUGCUUUAGAGAAGCUAACAGUCUAAUAGGGCAGAACUAUAUAUAUGCACAACUAAUCGUAAUAACAUGGUGUCUUUGAAAAAUGCAUGCUUCUUCCUCAGUUACCCUUACUUAAAGAAAUAAUGGUGAAUGGUAGUAAUAUAAAUAUUUUGGAAUAACUUAGUAAGUUUUGCGUUUAUGGAUUUGCAAGAAACUUUCUGCUAAUGUCCAAGAAAAAUGGACCAUUACAACAUGUAUCCCAAUUUCGGUUUUGAACAAAUAGUCAUACAAUCUUCCACUCCCCAUCGUGUUAAAAGCUCCCACUUCCCAAACAAUAAAGUUAACUUUUCAAUGAAAAAGAGAAAAAAAAAGACAAAUGAACCAGCCAAGGUGCAAAGGACGGAAGGUAGGGUUGAUUUCCUUCCUGGUGCCUUAAAACCAGAGCUGAUAGAUGAAGUGUGCUGUAUCCUCUCUCCUUUAAAAGGAGCACCUGUUGCAGUGAUUAAAAGCUUUUUAUCUUGUGGGCUGAGUGCAUGUUAUCUUCAAAAACAAAAUUAUUCCUUUCCAGUGUUAUGUAUAAUUUGCUGCUCAUGAUGUGACUGCUGAGCUGAGCCCUUUCUCCAACUGUACUAGAAUUUCCAGUGAACUAGUGUGUGAAUUUUCCAAUUUAGGUUAGUCACCCGAUUUACAGCAUUCACUUGCAUAUCCUUAUAACAGAUUGUGUUUAAAUCUUCAUGGCUUUGUUCACCUUUUAGGGUUCAGAUUUACUAUCCAUUCAGUCUGUGGCCUUUAGCCUUUGGCAAGCUUUCAAAUAAACAGCUCUUGCAGGGACUGUACCCACUUUAUUCUCCCACCCUUGGGUUGUGGAGAACUGAAGAUCACUUGAGUAAUACCCCUCUCCCCAUCUUCGAGCUUGCUCUGGCGCUGAAAUUCGAUCACAAGUGACUACUUCCUCCCCCUUCUCCGCCCCCUCCCCCCCAUCACCUAGUAGGUUGGAGGGGGUUUGGGCUUUAGAGGGCUUAAGAGGGCCCACCACGAUAAUUGACGCAAUUUACAUUUGUAUAAUAAAGAAUUGAGUUACAAACAGCCAUCUUGCAAAUGAGCCCUUGGAGUUAGGCCUACUUGUAAUAGGGUUUUGCAGUCUUGCUCCUUGGCCUUACGGGCAUGGGCAGUUUAUAAUCUAGACAGAUUUAGUUCUCAAAAAAUGAAAGAAUAAUCAUAGUAACAAUAAAAAACCAGGGUCGACCUAACUGCAGUAUGUGACAGCAAUCUAAAGCGCAGGACCUUGAGUUUCCCCACAGUUUUGUCAAAGAUCAUCCAGGUGUUUCUUUGAAAGCUGGAAGACACUGUCAGUAAACGCUAAUACCCAUCGCCGACACGGGUGUUCAGUGUGGGGUCAGGAGCCAUUGUUGCGUCGUGUGUUCCGUGCGCCGGCGCGGUUCUGUGCAUGCGCCGCCUUCCGCGAGGUGGGCUUUUUGCAGGGCCCUGCGCCGGGCUCCGCGGGGCGGGCUGUCGGGAGGCGGGUGAGCUUGGGGCGGGGCCUCCUGCGACGCCCCCCUGCGCAUGGGCGGACGCCUUCUCUGCUCGGCCUGACGCCGGCCUUCAAUUGCCGCCGUUGUUGGUGAGAAACAUCUGCGAAGGCCCGGAGCAGAGCGCUACCUGAGCUCCGCCGCCACCGACAUGUCUGAUGAAAAAGAUUCCCUGCGGGGAGACGAAGAGAAAGGAGAGGAGCCGGUGGUGCGGGCCAUCCCCGGCAGUGCCAUCCCCGGCAGUGCGCUCUCUCUGAAGCAGGCCGAGGAGGUGGACCCCCUGAAGCUGGAAGUGGCGAUGGGGGCUGACGGCUUCUCUGACAGCUGCUCCGAGGACUGCUCCGACGACCUCAGCUGUGCGGCAGCCCACAUAGAUCCAAAUCUCCUACUGCUUGUGGCUGACGAGGAGAAAUGCCGGAAUAUCCGCAGGCAGUACCGGCAGCUCAUCUAUAACGUCCAGCAGAACCGGGAAGACAUCGUGAACACGGCGAGCGACUCAUUAACCGAGGCUCUGGAGGAAGCCAAUGUCCUGUUUGAUGGAGUGAGCCGGACAAGGGAAGCAGCUCUCGAUGCCCAGUUUCUUGUUCUGGCUUCUGAUUUGGGUAAAGAAAAAGCAAAGCAGCUGAACUCUGAUAUGAGCUUUUUUAAUCAAGUAGCAUUUUGUGAUUUUCUGUUUAUUUUUGUGGGUCUGAACUGGAUGGAAGAUGAUGAACGUGAUGCGUUGAAUGGUUGUGAUGAUAACAUAGUUCUUUCCUUCUGGGAGACAGUACAUAAGGAAGCAACAUCCUGGAUAUCGCAAGCUGAAACAUUCCACUUUCUCUUUGGUUCAUUCAAGUCAGAGUCUUCUGCCCCGAAGCGGCGACCUGGACACCAUAAAAAAGCUCCCAGGGUGGAGGAAAAUGUGGAUAUGCCUGCAAAGCUGAGGAGGCUGGACUUGAGUAGCAAUCACGAAGGGACAGAAAAAGAAGUAGAAAGAAUCUUGGGGUUGUUGCAAACGUAUUUUCGAAAGUAUCCUGACACCCCCGUAUCCUAUUUUGAGUUUGUGAUUGAUCCAAAUUCUUUUUCUCGUACUGUGGAGAAUAUAUUCUAUGUUUCUUUCAUUAUAAGGGAUGGUUUUGCAAGAAUAAGGCUUGAUCAAGACAGGCUGCCAAUAUUAGAGCCCAUUAAUGUUAACCAAGUGGGUGAGGAAAAUGAUCCCAGUUCCCAUGGCAGGAAACAAGGAGUUAUAUCUUUGAGUUUACAGGACUGGAAAAAUAUUGUGGCGACUUUUGAAAUUUCAGAGGCUAUGAUUAAAAGCUCUUACUAAAUAUUUUUGUUCUUAGAAUAGGGUGCAUUUCGUGGUUUUUCUAAAGUAUCAUCUCAAAAUAGAGUGUAAAACCUACAUAGAAGCCCAUAUUGUAUGUCUUGUAAAGUGAGAAAAUAUUUUCAAGAACAUCAGAAAUUGUCUUACUGUGCAGUGUAUUUUUCUUGGUAGUUUAUAAAGUUGUCAUGAUCUGUUAUUUAAAAACAAUCACUAGCAUGUUCAUGGAAAUUUUUUUGAAUGUCCUUUAAGACUUUAUUAAUAAAAUUCAGUUCCAAAUUUCAUAAAUUAAAAGGUAUGUUAUAAUUUGCAAAAAAAAAGGUAUCAGUUAUGCUCUGUGAUACUGUAUUCCUGUUACAUGGAAUAAAAUGAAUCCCAUAUGGGAUUCCUAAUCAGGUUGGGGAAGGAGUGGGUAAAAAAAAUGCUAAAUUAAAGAAAGACUAUCUGUAGGGCAGUGAAUGUGCAAUGUUCACACACACACACACACACACACACACACACACACAAACAGGUGCUUUGCUUCAUUGCUAGGAAGACUUGUAAGAUUAACUCGUGGAUAUCCACAUUCUAAAUAAUUCUCCUGUGAUUAGUUCAAAAGAAAUAUAGUAUCUACUGUAGUAGAUGAGGUGUCAACUAAGUGCUGAAAUGUGAGUAGGAAUUGGUCACAGAUAGGAAUGGUAUACUGGACAUGGAGGCAAAUAUAGGGAAUUGUGAGAGGUUUGUGGCAUUAGAAAACCGUAAGAUCUUUAUUCCAGUUGAAUGUUAAACUGGCCAAAAAUGAAUUACCUUUUCUGUUAGUAUUCUCAGAGGUAGGAGAUACUUUUGUUAGAUUAUUUCAAACAAAAUCUUUUAACAUCUAGUUCUAGUCUUUAUCUGCUUGGUUAAUUUCUUCUUUGACUCCUAGUUUUUCUUUGUAAUUUCUGCUAGUACACCGUGUGUCCUUCAGAAAUCAGUGAUGUUUCAUUAUGUAACAACAGCCUUGAAUAUCUGUUCUCAAUUCAAUUGUGCAUUUCUUAAUAGGGCUUUCAAUGCCUGGAACUGCCCCUGUUUCAACUGAAAUAAUUGAUUAAUUUAUUCAUAAAGCCAUAAAUGCUCCUUUUUCUUCUUUUUAAAACAUAAAGUAAUGCCUUACUUGGAGGUUAUUCCCGAAAAUUUGGGUUUGUAAGAAAGCAGUUUUGAAGGUGCAGUGAGCAUGCCUAUAAGCUUCUUUUCUUGAUCCCUAAAGGAAUUUAAUCUUUGGUACUGGUGGAUUUUGCCAUUAAACAUUAUUUGGCGGGUGGAUACAUAUUUUGCAUAGCAAUAAUGAUAAAUUUUCCUAUUAAGUCUAGUGUGGUAUGGAGAGGGGAAAUCCAAAGACUAAAUGAAUGACAUCAAGAUUGAGAGGAGAGGUUUUUGUAUGUGUAAUAUUGAGGGGUUUUUUUUAAGCAAAAAUAGAAAUUUCUUAUGAAACUUGGCCAAUUAUUUUCCUAACAAAUUAACCUUUAGAUUUCCCAGUCAGUUUGAGUGGAGGUUCUGCAUGUCAUGACCCUUAACCUCCCCCACAGUUAAUAAUGUAGACAGAUUAGUUCUCACACAAAAUUUUGAAGGAAUGCUGACCCUUCCUGGUUGUCUAUCACCCUUUUAUUUAGCAGUCAGAAAGCAUCUUUUGGUCUCACUGAUCUUCACUUUAGCCUGUUUCUUUCUACCAAUUGAGUUCCUUGAUUUCCAGAGACUUGCUGUUUGAGGAAAAGAUACUCUUAAAAUGAUAGCAAAAAAGGGAAAAAAAUCUUGCCUCAGUUCUUUACUUGCCACCGGAUUGCUCUGUUAAAUGCCUAGUGUAUUUACCAGGAGUAGUUGAGACUUAGUGAUGACUAAAAGCAAUAAUAGAGAAUGUGAAGGUUUGGGGUCUUCUCUACAGUUAUAGCUGUUAAAAUAUAAAUAAAAUUAACCACUUGUUUUGUUUUUACUGGUUGUCAUGAUACCUGGGUUGCCUUAUCACUUUGAAAUUAAAAUGACUGCUUGCUUACCUUGAAGAAAAAGGUGAAUUGACCAAUAGGUAAUUUAAUUAUAGAGACUUAGGUAUCCACCAAAUUGCAAAUCUUGUGGGUUUCCCACUAAUAUAGUUAGAGUGGCUCAAAUUUCAGAUUUCAGUAAAAUCAACUGAACUUAGGAGAAUAUUAUGGCAAAAAAUUUUUUUUUACUAGAACUUUCUUAUAUAACAACCACUUUCUGUUCAAAGGACCUGGGAUUAGAUCCUGACCCUCUAAUAUUCUAGUAGAGACUUUGGGCAAAUUAUUGAACCUGUAAACCUUAGGGUUUUUUUUUAUAUUUUGUUUUUUUUUACUAAGUGAAAAUAAUACCUAUCUCAAGUUUACAGUAAAGAUAAAAUUAGAAAAUGUAUGCGACAGGUACUUUAAAAUAUGAACGAUUGGGUAUGAUAUAGUGAGAAAAAGAAGAGAUUUGUUAUCAUACAGACUUGAGUUCCAUUCUUAGUUCAUGGCAAGGCUCUUAAUCUCUGUUUUUAUAUUGUCAUUUCUGAAAUGGGAAAGACAUCUGCUUGGAAGACUAUUGUGAGAAUUAAAUGGUAAUACACAUAUGUACAAUGUGCACGCGUGCACACACAUACACCUACCCCACCCCACCUCCUGUAGCACCAUAUUGCUCGCUCAUCGUGAGCACUCAUAUUGGUGCCUCAUUCUCUAGAUCAGGGUUAGAAAAUCCAUGCUGCCACCUCCUUCCAUGGUGACCAUCUCUGUCAUGGUUUAUUCAGUUUAUUUUAAGUUUAGAUAUGACUUCAUUUGUUUUAGGAAAUCAGUUACCAAGAGAUUGGAAUUGGUGCUUUGUUGAUUUAUGUACCAACUACUUGAGUGCCCACUGUGGCCAGAUACUGCUCUAGGCACUAGGGAAAAAGUGGUGGACAGACUAUGACCCAACUCAUGGAAUUUAUAUUUUACUGUGUGUAUUAGUUUCCAAUUGCUUCUAUAACAAAUUACCAUUUAGUGGUUUAAAACAAAUUAUGUUUUAUAGUUUUGGAGUUUGGAAGUCCAAAAUUGGUUUCUCUGGGCUAAAAUAUUGUUUCUGCACACUUGAGUUGCUUUCAGUAUUAUUUUUGCACACUUGAGUUGCUUUUGGUAUUAUUUUUGCACACUUGAAUUGUUUUUGGCAUUGUUUUUGCACAUUUGAAUUGCUUUUGGCCUUUUUAAGGGGAAUCUGGAGCAGUGUUUUACUGGGGUGGGGGAAAGACAUUACUGAGAGGCAGAUGGAAGAGAGGAAAGAAUAGCUAAUAUGUAAGCCCAGCAAACACCUGCAGGUGGGGUGUUGUGUAUUUACACUUAUGUCCUACUAGAGGCCUGGUGCAUGAAUUCCUGCAUGGGUGGGGUCCCUUGGGGGUAGCCUGUGGGGAUCUGGCCCCAGCUCGUGCCCCUAGGCUCGCAGCCCCAGCUCAGCCCCCAGCCCC